AUCCUGCGGCACUGGCACCUUCGCAUGGGACGCAAAGGUGCAGUCAUCCGCAGUCGAUAUCUAUAGCACCGCGCAUGCGGGGCAGGGGCGUUUUAAUUGUGCCUCUCCAUUUGACGACACCUACCAUUCAUUUCACUUCGUUUUAUGGCUUGCGCGCUUUUGCUUUAUCUCUUUACUACUCUAACGAGACGAGUAUUGUUUAGUGGAUGGGAUUCAUUCUCACGAGAUGGGGAAAAAGGGGGUCGGAAUACGAGGAUUCUACUACAGGACAUGAAGGGUAGACCUCGGGGAUUGGAGAAACAGUUUUUCACAGCAACUUCUUCCUUUUUCGACAUGGCUUGGAGGAAUGUGGACAAGCCGGACGGCUUGAAUCUCUUUGUUUAUCGUCUCCUGUCGGUUUCUAUUUUUCUCGUUGAGACGUCGCUGUCAGUUUUGUUUUCUCUUGUUUUUUGUUGCUCAUCUUUUCUAUGUAUUAGUCCCCUAUAGUAGGACUACGAAACGAUGUGAUGAAACUCGACGCCUGUCUGGAGUCUGGCCUACACCGCGCUUCUUGCACAUGAGGUUACUUCACGUCUUGGGGGGGAGGAGAUGGGGGAUUGGCUAGGUCGGCUGGUAGUUGCCGACGAACAAAUGUCUUAGUCU